AUGUCACAGGAAUCGAUCGCAUACAGUCCGGCAGCGACACAGCACAAUCUGAAUCUGGUUAGCUACUGUCGCACAUCGGUGGCUGCGUUAUCCGGUUGCACAGCUGGUAUUCUAGGUUUAACAGGUCUGAUGGGUUUCCUGUUCUAUUUCCUUGCACAUGGCUUUCUAUCCUUGUUAUUGGUGAACAAAGCCGGGUCAUCGUGGAACAAGUAUUUUCUCCAACGCUCGAGUAUAACAUGCAACGGAAUCUGGGGUGAAUUGACCACAUACAUCUUGUUUUGGACUUUCAUUUACGGAAUGGUCCAUGUGUAUUGA